UAGACCGUUUAAAUCCGAUAAACGAAAUAUGUACUAUCUCUAGGUCGUAAAACACCCCUGUCUUUGAUUGGUAGAGCCCGUUAAAACACAGCUUGCUAGUCAGGCAGUCAAACAGAGAACUCGCGCAGAGCGGAAUACAUAAAUUAUUCCUGCAGAAUUGGCAAGUCAGUGGGUGAGAUUCUUUCUUUGAGCUCUCUUCUGGGACCAAGCCAUCACAGCUGAAGUACACUUGUAUUCUCCUAACCGUCAUCCUAGUUCUCCAUUCAAUGCCUAACACUGUGGAAAGUGAAGGUGCCAACGGAUCUGCUAGAACUGAUCAAGAGGCCCCAUCACGGGCCCCGUGCAGAGAGGAUGAGCGUGCACGCAGCUUCCUAAACCCGUUGACGAGUGAUGCGCUGCGGGUGCGACGGGCCUCCAGCGCAGAGCUGCAGCUCCCUUGGACCUGUCCUGUAACACACUCCCGAGAGAAGUUCUACACCGUCUGCUCGGACUAUGCUCUGCUCAAUCGAGCCCGACCCAUCAUCACAUCUGAAGAUGCACCACCAACCAAUCCAGACACUGGGAUAUCAUUAGUCAAGACUAACACUGCAACCCCCUCCCAGUGUCACUCGGGGGGAAUAAGUGUGUCUUUAGAUGGGAACUGUGAUAUGGAGGUUGUGUCAUCCAGCAACAAGCCUGUGCUGGCCUGGGAGAUCGACACCUCUGAUUUUGAUGUGGUUUUAACCCGGAAAACCAGAACAAGUAAUUUAAAGAAAUUCAACUCAAAGAAAAUGAAAUCGUCUGACAGGCUCAGCAGAAACCUGCAAGAUCUCCCACCACAAGCCUCUCUGGAGGAGAUCAAACAGAGAAAAGUCUUGGACCUCCGUAGAUGGUACUGCAUCAGCCGACCCCAGUAUAAAACAUCGUGUGGAAUCUCUUCACUUGUCUCUUGUUGGAACUUUCUCUACAGUACUCUAGGAGCAGGCAGUCUCCCACCUAUUUCCCAAGAAGAAGCCCUGAAUAUACUUGGUUUCCAGCCUCCGUUUGAAGAUAUCAAGUUUGGACCGUUCACUGGCAAUGCCACUCUGAUGCGAUGGUUCAGACAAAUCAACGAUAAUUUUCGUGUCCGGGGAUGCUCUUAUAUUCUGUACAAACCUCAUGGGAAGCACAAGACAGCAGGAGAGACAGCUGAGGGGGCACUGCUGAAGCUGACGCAGGGACUCAAAGAUGAAUCCAUGGCCUACAUUUACCACUGUCAAAAUCACUAUUUCUGCCCUGUGGGCUAUGAAGCUACACCACUAAAAGCAGCCAAAGCAUACAGGGGGUCACUGCCGCUUAAUGAGAUGGAACACUGGAUUCUCAUUGGCGAACCAAGCAGGAAACACCCUGCAAUCCACUGUAAAAAAUGGGCAGAUAUUGUUACGGAUCUGAAUACUCAGAACCCAGAAUACUUGGACAUUCGUCAUACAGAGAGAGGCAUUCAGUAUCGCAAAACCAAGAAGGUUGGAGGCAAUCUGCAUUGCAUCAUGGCCUUUCAGAGAGUGAACUGGCAAAAGUUGGGACCAUGGGCACUGAAUCUAGAAAAUCUGAGGCAUGAUCUCCACCAUCAGGCUUCAGAACACAAAGGUCAAGCUGCGACAGAGGACUCUUCUGAGGAGCGAGCGGUGAAACGUCUGGGUAGGUCCCUCAGUACGGGGAACAAGACCGACAAUGCCUGGAAGCGUUUGUCCAACACCGCAGACUACAGGCACAGAGGCUCUCCAGACAGUGACCUGGAUGAAGACAUAACUGACUAAGUCUGAAGAGUCCAAACCUCCUCCUAAAGAGCCAAUUGGGUUUUGACAGUUAUAAACAAGAAUAUUUAUCUCUCCAGGUUGUUAGCAACAGUGAUAGGUUAGAUAUGAUAUAGAGGCAGUUGCAAGCCAAAAGGUGUUGCUUAGUAGCUGGAAUGGCUGGUAACUAUAAGAAUGCUGGUUUGAUACCCAUAAAGAAGGAACGAUAACCUCUCGUUGGGGAGGUUCUUGUAAUGCUACCUUUCUACAGCAAUGUGAAUCAAAGUGAAGGCCAAGUAUGGUAACCCAUACUUAAAAUGUGUUCUUUGCAUUUGACCCAUCCAAGUUAGUGCACACACACAUUAUUAGUAGUGAGUAGAUAACACGCACAACACAUCAGGAGCAGUGGGAAGCCAUUUUUGCUAUGGCACCCGUGGAACGAUUGAGGGUUAGGUAUUGAGUAAGUAUCCUGGCGGUAUUGAGAAUCAAACCCACAACCUUCGGGUUACCAAUUACAAGUCACGACUGCCCUAUUGUGGGAUUAAAAAUACUAGGCUCUCUAAGAUUUGGUCACUUCUGAUGCUGCUUUGCUAAACGCAUUGUGAAUAAAUGAAUCGUUAAAUAAAUUGUGCGGCUACAUUUACCAUUGUGUAGGUAAUUUUUGCGUGCAAAAUCCAUGCAAUAUGGAAUUUUGCAUGAGGGCUAAAGAUUUCCCCAUGCAGUUUUCACAAUGGGUUUGAGUUGGUCACAUGGAAUGACUUCUGUGUGAGCUGUAGACAAUGGACCUUUUUUGCUAGCGAAACUUUGCCAAGAUUUGGCUCCAGAACAAAGGUCAAGAUGCGACAGAGGACAGCGAUAAAACGGGUUUAACUUGGUCAUGAGGAUUCAAUGACCAACAGAAAGCGACAUUAUUUCAAAGCGGCAUUAAAGCAAGAGUAAAGUGACAUACAUUGCUAAACUUUUUUGUUUGCAAAAUUUUGCCAAAAUUUGUGACUGCAUACACCUUAAGUGUACCAAGAGCAUUUAGUGAGUAUUUAAUUUUCUGAUCAAUAUCCAUUUCAUUCCAUUUUAGUUAUAUGCUAUUUGGUGGAUAAUAUAUAUAUAUAUAUAUAUAUAUAUAUAUGGUACUGAUGGUAGAUAACUGGAGGACGGUAUGGACUAAAAAAAAUGAACAUUCUGAAUAAAGUGUACGCAGAAUACUCCGAGCAUCACAUAAAAGACACAAAAUUGUUUUAUUACUGUAAGUAAUUAAAAAUACAAACUAAGUUAUCAUGAAUAAAUCAGACUGUUUAAUAAUAUGUCAGUGGAUCAGAUUCAGGCUAUAGUGAUGUGACAGUCCAUUAAAAAGGCGCUAUCCUAUUGUAAAUACUAACUUGAAGGAUUACAGUCACGUUCUUUGCGCAACGCUGGGAGCUAAGAUUGCAUGAUUGCUUCCAUGUUUUGUGCAUUGUGAUUUGUGUUUUUCCUUUAACACAACAACAUCUAAUGUAUGAUGUUCAAUGUCUAGUCAUCUAGUGUUAUCAUUUUUAUUUAUGAAUAAAUAUUUAUACACCUUCUUA